GCCGUCUGUAUUAUUAUUCAUGAGGUUGUGGCUACUUCCAUCAUUUAGAAAACGUUUCGCUAUAAAGCUCUGACAUUUAACCUGUGUGUUAUUAUCUUCAUUAAUAUGAGCUUUGGUGAAUGUUAUUUUGGUGAUUCUCGGUCUGGUGAAUGCGAGCUUAAAAACCCUUGUGUGUAGAGCAAGCGGCUAGUGUGUUCGAUAGCAAGCCGUCACAACAGUUUGCACAGUCUAGAAUUUAAUACUAUAGAGUUGGCAUCGAAAUGGCAUCAUUAGCAGCAGAGCAUGAGCCAGGAAUAACACCGGGCUCUGGAGCUCUGGCUGAAGCUUUAGUUCCCGCGAGUAUAUUUGCUCCAGACCGGGGAGGAUGUGGAGAAGAGGACGGCGACGAGUGCCUUGAGGACGAGGACAUGACCAAUGGCAAACCCGAGGACCGAAGGAUUGAUUGCAGCAGCAAGCUAGCACUUGUAAGCCCAAACGGGGAGCAGUAUGAUUCGUUACUCCAGCAGCUUCGGGACAGAAUGGAGGAUGGCUGUGGGGAAACCAUCUAUGUGGUUGGAAUGGGUUCUGAUGGUGGUGACUGGGGUCUGGAUGAGAAAGACAUGGAAGCCUCAGUUGCCACAAUACACUCAAUGUGCGAGCAGCUGGACUCUGACCUCAUCCCUCUCAGAGAGCGCACUGAGGCUGCUGGGAUGGUGGUCGACUAUCUGAUUCGGAGGCGUGUGGGUGAGCUGGACUUCCUGGAGGUCAGAGUCGCAGUGGUGGGGAACGUGGACGCCGGCAAGAGCACUCUGCUGGGAGUGUUGACACAUGGCGAGCUGGACAACGGCAGGGGAUUUGCCCGGCAGAAACUUUUCAGGCAUAAACAUGAGAUGGAAAGUGGCAGGACAAGCAGUGUGGGCAACGAUAUCCUGGGCUUCGACCAGGAGGGUCAGGUUGUGAACAAGCCUGACAGUCAUGGAGGAAGCCUGGACUGGACCAAGAUCUGUGAGAAGUCCUCUAAAGUCAUUACCUUCAUAGACUUGGCAGGCCACGAGAAAUACCUCAAGACCACUGUGUUUGGGAUGACUGGACACCUUCCGGACUUCUGCAUGCUUAUGGUUGGCAGUAACGCUGGUAUUGUUGGGAUGACCAAAGAACAUCUUGGGCUGGCUUUAGCUUUGAAUGUGCCAGUCUUCGUAGUGGUAACCAAAAUAGACAUGUGUCCUGCCAACAUCUUACAAGAGACCUUGAAGUUACUCCAAAGGUUACUCAAGUCUCCUGGCUGCAGGAAGAUUCCCGUCCUUGUACAGAACAAAGAUGAUGUGAUAGUCGCAGCUUCAAACUUCAGUUCAGAGAGGAUGUGCCCAAUCUUUCAGAUUUCCAACGUAACUGGUGAGAACAUGGACCUGCUAAAGAUGUUUCUCAACCUGCUCUCCUCCAGAACAUCAUACAGAGACGACCAGCCUGCUGAGUUUCAGAUAGAUGAUACCUACUCUGUUCCGGGAGUAGGAACUGUAGUUUCAGGAACCACCUUACGAGGGCUCAUACGUCUGAAUGACACCAUGCUACUGGGUCCAGAUCCUCUUGGAAGCUUCAUCCCCAUUGCUGUUAAAUCAAUCCACCGCAAACGAAUGCCUGUGAAGGAGGUCAGAGGCGGCCAGACUGCCUCGUUUGCUUUAAAAAAGAUCAAGCGUUCGUCUAUAAGAAAAGGCAUGGUGAUGGUGUCGCCAAAGUUAAACCCUCAGGCAACUUGGGAGUUUGAGGCUGAAAUCCUGGUUCUGCAUCAUCCCACAACAAUAUCCCCCAGAUACCAGGCAAUGGUCCACUGUGGGAGUAUACGACAGACCGCCACCAUCUUGUCCAUGAAUAGAGACUGCUUAAGGACAGGGGACAAGGCUUCAGUUCACUUCCGCUUCAUCAAAACCCCAGAGUACCUUCACUGUGACCAGAGGCUGGUGUUCAGAGAGGGUCGCACCAAGGCUGUGGGAACCAUCACUAAGCUGUUGCACUCCACUAAUAACAUGCCAUCAAACUCCAAACCUCCACAAAUCAAAAUGCAGUCUACAAAAAAGGUGCCACUCAGAAAAGAGGACGGAACCGUGACGACCAGCGAUGAUGCAGCAACGAUAGCACAGCCGGCCGGCUCAAGCACGUCACAGCCAGGGGAGGGAGAUGAUGACCCUCAAAUAAAAGAGGGCAACAAAGAGAACAAGCCAAAGUCUGGGGGAGGUGGAAGGAGAAGGGGUGGCCAAAGACACAAAGGAAAAGGCCAAAAUAGCAGCACCAACUCAAUGGCAGCACCCUCCUCAACAGCAACAGGAAACAGCUGAAUUGUCAUCUUUAAUUUUAAUUUUAUUUUUUUGUUGGAAACCUCCCUCUUUAAUUUCACCAAGUGUCAUUCCACAAACCAAUUAGAUACACACGUUUAGAGCGAGAUUGUCUUAAACCUUGCCUCUUCACACCAGUUUUUUCAGUUUGUUUUUGUACUGAAAAAAAAAAAAAAAGAAAAAAGAGUGAGAGCGAGAGACUGCCUCAGUUAUGCGUUUUAUUGUCAGCUGCCUUCACCGGUUGGAAAAUUUUUGUUUUUAAGAGAGCAGUAAGGUGUUAGAGGCCAGUCUCACUCAGGAUCAGGAGGUAUUUAAGUUUCCAGAAGUCACUGGAAUCAGCCCUUUGGCUGGAAAAAGCGAAGGAGACCAGUUUCAAUAAGUGCAGCUAUAAUUUAAACUCCCUCCUGCAUUCUCUGUGUACUUACAACAAAAUGUGUUGUGCUAUUUAUACUGAAAAUGUAAAUUGUAAAAAUUGGAAA